CCGGGGUCAGCGCUAAAUAAUGGUAACGGAGCUGUAGCCAUUUCAAAUAUACCUCGCCUAAAAUAGAUGUUACAUCGCAUUAGCCCACACGUAUCAAACUUAUGACAUUUCACUCACUGACAUUUAAAACCAAAACAAAACAGAACGAAACACAACACGAAAUAACAACGAAUAUAUAUUUAGUUUAGAAAAAAAAACUUUAAAUUUCUAGUGUGUUCGCAAAUAUGAUGGUAAAAAUAUUAACCCUGACUGGGGAUGAACUGGAAAUCGACGUUGAACCAACUGACACGAUCCUCACCAUCAAAGACAAAUUGGAGGAACGCGAAGGUAUCCCGGUGGACCAACAGCGGCUGAUCUAUCAAGGAAAAAAAAUGAAAGAUGACCAGACUGUGAAGAAUUACAAAAUCCAGCCAGGCACAACACUGCAUUUGGUGAUAGCCCUCAGGGGCGGACUAAAGUACGCCCGAGGGGAGUCGGAGAAAGCGUAUUAUCGGAAGUUCAUCGAGCCGCAUAAGGGCAUCUUCACCUGCUCCGAUAGCUACUACAGAAAACUAGAAGCAGAUUCGGGAAGCAGCUCCAGCACUAUAUAAAAGACACAUAUGACAUAGUUUAAAAAAGCAUUGGCUA